UUAUUCUCUCUCUCUCUCCUUCCAUCCCUCCCUCUCCCCACCCCCUCUCUCUCCCUCCCUCUCUCUGUGUAGCUCUCUCCCUACCCCCUCUCUUUUUUAUCCUCUCGUUGUGGCAGUGGUAUACACCUUCCUGUCGUGCUGCCGGUCAGAGGGAGUGAGCAGGAGAGGAGGAGAGACAGGGGAUAGCAGACAGCCAGCAGCCGGCCUGGCGGUAAUCCCUCGCAUUCCUCCACCAUGCCUGGUCCGUGGCAGGGCCCGGGGACUGAUGCUGUGAACCCAUCCGAUACCACUCCAUUUAACUCGGCAUCUCAAAGUUUGCCUGUUCAUGACGCAGCUUGGAGGUAGCCUACUAGGACGCAUCAGCAGCGGCCGGCGAGUCAGAAUGCAUUGAGCUCAAAACAGGGAGUUUAUUCCUUUAUUUUCGUUGCUGCAUGAAUACAACUGACCGAGUUAAAUGCUGAGAUUAUUACAAUAGAGAGUGAAAAGCAACAUGGGAGACCUGAAGUUUGGGUUUGAGGAAAUGCAGGGAGUGAGGCUGGGAUACCUGCUGAUAAAAGGAAAACAAAUGUUCGCCCUCUCCCAGGUCUUCACCGACCUGCUGAAAAAUAUUCCCCGAACCACCGUGCACAAACGCAUGGAUCACCUGAACGUUAAAAAACAUCACUGUGAUUUGGAGGAGUUAAGAAAGCUCAAAGCAAUCAAUUCUAUUGCUUUCCACGCGGCUAAAUGUACUCUGAUAUCACGGGAGGACGUAGAGGCGCUUUAUUUCUCCUGCAAAACGGAGCGCGUGUUAAAAUCCAACAAAAGAAAAGCAAAGAAAGCCAGUUUACCGGAGGGUGUGGGCGAAGGCAAGCUCAACGCAGACACGCACCCUGCCGGGUUAUGGAGGGAGAAAGUUUGGUUAAGUUUGCACAGCGUUCCACAGACUAUGUCCCUCAAAAACAAAGCCGGCAGGAGAGAACAACCAACCUUGCGCCCCGACUCCAAUCUACCUCAAAUUUACAAUAAAUCCCUCGGUCGGGAUUACUCCUCUAUCACCAAAUCAUCAUGUAAACCCUUUAAAAACUAUGAAACUGGUCAAAUACCGGGCAAUUGCGUCGCGUUUAGCCAGGGACACUCGUUUUUCCGGAGCGUGGUCAGCCGGCAACCAGUGUUGUUUCAGUCCGCCAUUGCUGCUCAGUCCAGGCUCUCUGCAACCGGCGACCUACUUCACAAAAGGAAGAGGAGGCGCGGGGGGGGCGGCGGCAGGGAUAUGGGCAGCAGCGGCGCGAGGCAGUCAUGGAGCAGGACUAGACACACACACUCACACACUUACUCUCACACACACCACCCGGUGCUCCUCGUGCAGCCCAAGUGCUGCAGAAAGCCCAAAACACACUACAACCACAACCGGACAACUCUGAGCCAUUUUGACAUUGGACACGAGUUUUACCUCGACCACCACGAUCACCACCAUCGUCACCCGCAUCAACAUGUGGGGGGGUUCCCGGAGAGCUACAGCAGUGACACGGAGUCCAGUUGCUACUCAGAGCGCCUCAACAACGACUCCGACAUCGGCUCCAGUUUAUCGACCAGCAGCAACUCUGGGACCUCUGAUGAGGAGGAUGAAGAGGAGAGCCCAUUGGAGAGCUCUGAGGUCAGUUCUGAUGAGGAGAGUUCAUCUCAGUCUGAUAGCAGCUCUGUGUCCAGCCAAGUGUCUGUCCAGUCUAUCCGCUUCAGGAGGGCCCGGUUCCCCUCUCUCAACACCACCAAAAAUAUCAUCACUAGAACUCUGCCUAAUGCUCAAUCUCUCUCCACAACUCUCUCCAGCACUAGAACUCUGCCUAAUGCCCAAUCUCUCUCCACAACUCUCUCCAGCACUAGAACUCUGCCUAAUGCCCAAUCUCUCUCCAGCACUAGAACUCUGCCUAAUGCCCAAUCUCUCUCCACAACUCUCUCCAGCACUAGAAAUCAGUCGAACUCUAGAACUCUAUCCAACAGUAGAACUAUCUCGCACACUAACGCACCUUUGCUCCUGCAGCCUACCUUCCACUACAGCCACCAGCAGCAGCCAUCUAAACCGGUGGGCCAGUUUGGAACAAACCAGGUGGACUAUGACAUUCCGAAGAAACGACCGAAAUAUGACUUUACAGCCAGGGAGGCCAAGCAGAACACACACACACACAGGUUCAGCUCGCCUGUCACCCGGGGGAGUUAUUUCACUAAGAGGAGAGACAGGAAGGUUCCUGAGUCCCAGGUCCAGACCCAACGAGAGAUAAAGCGAACCGAGCCUGUGUCCAGAAAAUUGUACGCACUGAGCCCCUCACCUAACCCCAACGGAAUAAAAGCGGUUCUUCCACACAGGACAACGGGACACGCAAACAAAUGCCCCCCAGUUCUGAGCUCACACUCCGCGCCUGACAAAGACACAAAGUACCCCAAGCCUAAAAACAACAAGCUUUCAUUAGCUACACAUCUAAAAAGUGAGGUGAGAAUCAGCCCCAACCUGAAACUGCCCUUUCUGCUCAAAACCAUUAAGACUGAGCCGGAGGAGCUAUCAGUGCCCGCGGGUCCCCUCCCCGAGCGCAGCAGGGCGGUCAAGACUCCCCCCUUCAACCUGCAGAAUGUGAAAAUCAAAGUGGAGGAGAGCUAUGAUGAAUACGAAUACUAUAGCCAAGUCUCUGGUUUCCAAUGCCUAGGAGACGAGGCGGUUAUCAACAAUGGCCAAUACUACGGCGGCGACAUCAAACAAGCUGCUGGCUGUUUCAACAACGAGACCAAAGCCAUUGAAAGUUCUGCUGGGGCUCCCAAGUCCUCCUCCGGCUUGCAGGAAUGCGGGAGCACUCAAGACACCCCUUGUCCCGAGGAAGGGGAGUAUAAAAACGGAGCUGGGGUCAGGAAAAACUACAGGAGUCUGGUGCUGGGGAAGAAGCCUGGAAUUUCAAGGGUGCAGCAGAAACAGAACGUGUCUAAAGUUGACAGGACUUUGUCUUCUCGUCUCGUGGGCAAAGCUGAGAUUUGUGAGGGAAAUACUGAGGAUCUAACAGGGGCGACUAAACGAAAACGCGCGUCCAGUAAUGUAGCAGCCCCUCUGAAGAGGCCUUUCAGCUUCAUGGCGAAUUUCCCCGCUCCUCCGUCCCUGUUAGUGGGCAGCGACGGGGAUUUAAGCCCUGCUUACUCUCUGAACUCUCUGGGGGGACCCCGACCUCCCCCUCGCUCUCACCCCGUGUGGCGAUGGCAGCCUGGCGGUCUGCCUGUCCCUCCCCCACCCGCUCAGAGAAUCAGGAAAUGUUCACGCUUUUUUCUUUGACAAAAACAAGAGAAAGACAAAACACCUGGAUGGAAACCUACGUUGACUACAACUUGAGUCUUAAACUGAAUGGGAGACUCUAAUGGCUUGCGUCCUUCCGUUGUUUUUAUUUAAAUUGUAUCCUUUAUAUGAUGUAGUGGAUUUAAAACGUUCCUCGUUGUGGAGUUAUAGAUCAGUUAUAUACACUACUAUUCUCCAUAUCGCGCGGACCAUUUGAGAUGCUCUACCCAUGCCACUGGACGAUCCCUCCUCGUGGAUUUAUUCUGACUAUCUAACUCUAAACAAGCUAUCUACCAUAAGCAAUAGGCUACAUGGUUUGGCAAAAUGGGUUUACAUGACUUUCUCUCGGAUCUAUUUUCUCUUCGCCUUGACGCUCAAGCGGUUGGAUUGUACCAGGGUUUCAGUGAAGUAAACAUUUUGUUGUGCUGUAGGCCUACUCCCUUUGUGGUGAGAGAAAGAGAGGGGGAGACUCCCUCUUAUAAAAAUCACAGCACUCCUAUAUGUUGGUCUUCUUUACUGUAUUUUUCUAACAUCAGCUUUAACUUGGGUAAAAUUGGGUUGAAUCAACAGAUUCAGGGUUUUCCUUUGGUAACAUGGUUAGGGCUACUACUAUUGUCUGUCACAUUAGUCCUAUUAUGAGCCGUGGCUGUUUUUUUCACUAUAGGAUUUGUAAAACCUUGUAGAAACCCUCAUUUCAAUUUUUAUUUUAUUUUAUGCUUGCCAGAGUUUGGGUAAAUUUUUAUCUAAAUGUUAUCUAAUUCAGAUAACUGUUUUUGAAUUCGAUUUCAAAUGUCAAUUAAUUUAUCCGAGCAAGUCCAAAAUCAUAAUGUUCUUUGGACAGGCUAUAUUGAAUUAGGAAGAAUUGUGAGGGAAAUUACCAUUACUCUGGUCUGGCUGGUGCUUGCAGAUUUUCCGUGUUUGUGAUAUGGUUUCCAGCGUUGUUUGUAUUUAUGAGAGUAUUUCCUGGUAAACUUAUGUUGGCUGUAGUCAGACAGCCGCCAGCACCCAUAAAGGCCCCAAAACACUGCAGGCCUUAUGUACAGACAAUCACACAGAGAGAGACUGCCCAGGCCUGACACAGAUCAAGCCUUUCAGUGAAAAAUCACACGUCCUGGACAGCCUUGCCUUUUUUAGCAUUUUGGUGGGACAUGUUCCUUUAUAUUACACAUUGAUUUGUCAAUUAAAACAUUCGCAAUCUCCUACACGAAAAAAAGUACGAGAAAAACAGUGAAAAUUACACUCCUGUCCAAGACGCUGGCUUAAUACCAGUUUGGGGUUUGCAUCACACUUAAACAAAAACCCAAACACACCAAAAGAUGUCUUACAACACACCGAGCCUAAUGUCCUUUCAUUUAGAAACAACACAUGAAAGCACAAGUGGUAGGCCUACAUGCUUUGCACUUUGACACACUCUAGGGUCCCAUUUCCGCUUGAUGAUUGUAGGAUAGCCUACAUUAUGAGAGAAGUUAAAAUAAAAUAAAUGUAAGAUACGGGCUUAUGUCCAUUUAAAUAGUUCAUCUAAAAUAUAUAAUUGGUUAUCUGUGGCCAUUCACAUGAGGUUGAAUUAUUUUAUAUUUGGGUCAACAUGGUAUUCGAGCAGUUUAUCAGUUGUUUAUUGUAUCCUUACAUCUGCAAGAAUGAAUAAAAUGCCCAGCACAGCACGUUGCUGUGGAAUAGUUAGCUAUUAGCUCGGGGGUAAAUGCAUAAUUACCUGUUAAAUUCUGCUGGGAAGCCCACGGUGCUGAAUUGACCUGGGAACAUCUCCAGUCAUACAAAAUUAUUAAAAUAGACUAUACAGUCAGUCGAAAAUGUAGGCCAAAACACAAAGCUAAUUGUGGCCCUUUGUUAUGAAAGCAUUGCACUCUGUUUUCCACAAAAGGCCAUGUCCUUCUCCAUGUCUCCACUUCUAUAGUCUCUACGCUGUUUUCUCACAUGAAUCAAGUCAGAAAAAUAUUUUCUAAUGUUGCCACAUAAACAUGUAUAAAUCUAGCCUUUACAUAUGGACGCGUGAUGAAUGUAUAGGCCUAUAUGUCAAACUGUUUCCAUUGAUCCUUAUGUUGCUAAUUAAUAAACUAAGAAUAGACCAAAAAAAAUAAAAAAUACAAUUCAGUCAAAUUUAACUGAAGUUGCACCUAAAUAUCGAUCUUUUUCCACCAACGUAAAAUGUUGAUUUGGUGAAGUUGUGGCUAAGAAUGAGCUUUUCUCCCUAUGACAAAGAGAGUCCGAGCCAGCCUGGCACAUAACCACAAACAAUAUGCCUGAUAAUGUCAGGAUUCUCACAUCAACAUCAGCAGUAAAGACAGAAACAAAAGCCCAUUCGAUUGGUGAUUGUAGUUAAGGGAGAAAAAAAGCGCCGUUUCACACGAUGCUCAGAGUUUGUAUAGAUUGAUCUGUGUGUGACAUGCAGAUUGAUCUGUGUGUGACAUGCACCUCUACCACCCCAAGCCUGUAGGCUUCCCAUACCAUAGUGCGCACUUCCCUUGUAGCGAAGGUAGAGAAGCACUUAAAAAUGGCACAUUUGCCUCCAAACUAAACACAGCCAUUUUUAAUCUCCAUUUGAAAAUGACGUAAUCUCUCUCCAACCUAGAGGGAGUUAUGGGGAGGGGAUGGAAUUCAUAUGUUGCACGAGGGAAGCUUCCACCGCGUAAUCCCCGCGUCAAAGUGUACUGGGCCAGAGGAGGGAUAUAUACAGCCCAGUUUAGAGAGGACACACACAUACACACACACACACUUCCCGUUGUAGGUACUCGCCAAUUCUCACGCCGAUCACAGAGAACAUCACCCGGGCAAGGAGAUGGUGGUAGAGGCGUUUAGGGAAGACUAAAAGAGCUCUGACAGUGACGCUGUCAAUGUAAAUAAUUGCAUGGUGUAGCAGCUCGAGGCACAGGGCUCUUUCUCGUUCUCCCUCUCGUUCUCCCUCUCGCUUUUCCUCUCAGCUCCAAACCUUAUUUUAGCUUUUUGAUACAAUACUUGAUUGAGGUCAGGGUUUUGACAUGAAAUUUGAAGUCACUGGCUGUUUAUAUAAAAAACGGAAUAUUUAUUUUUGUGAAUUACUGGGUUUUGUAUAUCAUUGUUGUUUAGGAUAAUGCACUCGAAAUGAAAACCUUGAAUGUUGGAUUUCUGAAGCACUUUCCCUUUCUUCCGAGUUAUGAAUGACUCAUUAAAGACAUCUGAGUGUGA